AUGGCCGACCACGAGGAGCUCUUCCUCCAACCCGAGACUUCCAUGCCACAGUCGGAAACCCCCAAGCCCUUGCGCAUUAACAAACCACACUCACCGCCGCACCAGAGUCAGACCGCCCAGCCCGACCCAACACAGCAAUGGGCCAGCUAUAGGGUCCCUCCCAGCAGCGCCGCGGCUUACGGCGCUCCGACCUCACCUCCCCCUACCGGGCCCCUACCAUAUCCAGACGAGAGAGCGAGACGACAGGCGACGCCGGGAGCUUCUGCUCCGGGUGGAAGAAUACCAACUCGGACGGGCACGCCGCAGGAGCUCCACAUCGCAGAAGAGGGACGAGGGUUUGGACCACCCAGACUCCGUGCAGGCAGUAUGUCUUCGGACGGGAGCGGACAUACUGGAAGAGCGCGCUUUGCGCCGACUGAUCCGCAUAGACCUACAGCAGAGUUCGGUCGCUCUCUGCCUCCUGUAAACAUGUCGAAGCUCGCGGAGAGGAGGGGAACACCUGCGAAGAACAUCGUGCCUCCGGACUCGCCUGGAGGACCGGAGCCGCCACAUAAGAGCGAUGAAGACGAUGAAUUGUUUCAGUUGAAGCCACAGCGUGAGAGGAAGGCGAAGGCCGCCGUUCCUGCUCCUGCGCCGGCCACGACGGAGGAUUAUCAGCAAUUCUACCCUCCGCCCUUGGGUGCUGCUCCCUCGGCCAGUGCGGCAGCAGCAGCAGCAGCUCAAGUACAGAAUAGGUUGCAUAUUCCGGAUCCCGCUGGGAUCAACCGCCUGAGCAGUACGGCGUCAAAUGCGACCACCAGAGCUUCGAGAGGAUCACCGCCUCCGCCGGAAACACCCAUAGAUACGCCAGUAGCAGGAGGAGGACUGAGUGGAAUUGAAGCGCGAUAUGCAGCUUCCGGUAUUCCAGGCACAAAUACACUCAAUGAGAUGCAAGCGCAAAGUGCGGCAGCGGCAGCUAGGAGAGCUCAUUAUGCGUCACCACAGCCUCAGAGAGGGACACCACAGCCUCAAGCACAGCAAUUUCAGGGAAGCGGAAGCUGGAGUCCAACGGAGCAGCCAGGAUCAGCGCCGCAUGGACCACCGAUUGCGUUCCAGGGGACCGAAGAAGUUGCGUCGAGGGGAGACGCUGUGCCAACUCACAGUCAGAAUAGACAGCCAAGCUAUCCAAGACCACCACAGCCAUCGACAAGUCCAAACUUGGAGGCAGGCGUGAACAGUCUCAAUAUCAACGAGGAGCCGCCUCCAGCCUACUCGCCACCUGCGGCGGGUUCCGUACACUCUCCCUAUCCCAAUGAAAAGGGCAGGUAUGCCAAUACCGCAAGCCCAAAUACUGCAGCUGGUGGGGAAGGUGGGCGGAGACCCACGGAUCCGAAUGCCAGAGGCCAUCCAGCCUUCGCCAACGAUCCGCACGCUGCGACUCCAUCGCCGCAACCUGGAGCAUCACAACAGAAUGGUGCCGCUGGGCCAUCAUCCGGCAUGGCACCUAUUAAUGUGGCUCAAGCGAAUCAGCAAUAUCAGCAAAACACAUCAAAUCAACCAGGCCCCGCAAGCCCGCCUCCGCUGCCAGAAGGAUGGAUCGCGCAUUUGGACAACAACUCGGGGCAGUACUACUACAUCCACCUACCCACACAGUCCACACAAUGGGAAUUCCCGAAGGGCCCAACGCCGCUGAACCUACAAGAGCCAACCAGCCCCAUUGCUGGAGUUGCCAGUCCCGUCGGCUCCGUCUUCAAGCAACCGCUCCAAUCGCCCGGCUUUCCUGUGCAGCAGAUGGCCAACUACGAUCGGCAGAGUAUGUUCUCUAUGAAUUCCUUGGCAAGCCCGACAGCAUCAGGAUUCACUGGUCCACCACCUAGUGCAGGAGUGGACAUGUACAAGAUCCAGCCCUCGAAUGGCGUCUAUUUCGGUCCCUAUCUGCGAUAUACCAACAUGGACUUGGAACGGGGAUUGUGGCUUGGAAGUAUUCUUGUCAUCACAGAUGCGGCCACUCAGCCUCCCACGAUUCACAUCCACCAGUCCACAGAUCUGAGCCCGAACCCCCGGCAACUGAAAGCACACCCUAUUCACUCUCAUCAGAGAUGGAUCUUCUAUAGAUAUGAUGUGGAUCUGAAGAUGGACGAGACAGGCCCAGCAAAGUGGACAUACGCGAUUACUUCACAUCUCGGUUGCACGAGGUAUGAAUUUCUUGUCGCGGGACGACAUGAGACGAGCUGGAGAUUUGUUGCUCAUUCGGGUAAUGAUUUUGCCAUCAAUGUGUCAGCCAAUGAGCGGUCGAAGCUAGGUGGCGUACCGCUCAUGUGGAAAGAUGUCCUUCUGAAGCACCAAGAGUGCGGUGGUUUCCAUGCUCAGAUUGGUCUUGGCGGACAGAUUUAUGCGGAUCGCUUGUGGAAGGACAUCGGGGCUCUCAAGCAGUGGACACAGAUCAGCGGCAAGGAGAACCGCAAAACGGCUCAGUGGACCGCUAAGAUGGAAGAGGAUGUUACGCACGCCUACUUCCAUUACUAUACCUCGCAUUUUGACCAGCCGGCCGUCAAAGAGGCCUUUGCACAGAUUCCGCACGUAUGCUGCUUGGACGACCAUGAUAUUUUCGAUGGCUAUGGGUCGUAUCCGGAAUACAUGCAGGAGAGCCAUGUUUUCAAGAACCUCGGCCGGAUUGGAAUCGAAAUGUACCUGCUGUUCCAGCAUCACACGACGCAUGAGAUUUUGCGGAAUGUCUCGAACGAUAUUGAUUUGUUCACGAUUACUGGCAAGGGAUGGCAUUUUGUGAAAUAUCUUGGUCCGAGCGUGGUUAUCGUGGGACCCGAUACGAGGAGUGAACGAGGCGAGAGACAAGUCAUGGCUGGUCCUACCUACCAAGGGCUAUUCCCUAAGGUCGCUACUCUGCCGCCGAGCGUGCAGCAUUGCAUAUGGCUACUCCCCGUCCCUAUCAUCUACCCUCGAUUGGAGGCCGUGGAGCAAGUAGCGAGUACCGUCGCCACAGGCAAAAAGGCCGUCACGGGCGGGUUUAAUAUGCUCGGCAAAGUCGCCGGAGGCAUGGCAGGUGUCGUCGGAGCCAAAGGAGCCGUCAAUUCUGGUUUCGACGGAAUUAAGAAAGCCGUUGGAAAAUCCGGUCUGAUGCAGGGAGUCCUAAGUCCGUUUGGAAAUAUCGACAUGCUUGAUGAGCUUCGAGAUUUAUGGACACAUGAAUCAAAGGUAAAGAUUAGCCGGCACGAUCACACAAGCAAAGACAAACUAACAGUCUUCUAGGACCUCGAACGAACCUACAUCAUCCGCACCCUCCAAGGAAUCUCUCACAACAAAUCCCUCCGCAUGACCUUCCUUUCCGGUAGCGUCAACGUCUGCGGCGCCGGUCUCAUGCACGACCCUUCCAAGCCUUCCGAUCAUAAGACCAUGUACCAACUCAUCACCUCCUCCAUCGUCAACGCCCCUACACCCUCAUAUGUCAUCAAACUCCUUCAUUCCAACAAACAGAUCUUCCUCCCUCAGAACGGCCAUCGCUCCUCACCCCACUUAACGAGUGAGACUAAAGAAGAUAUGAUGGAGAUAUUUGCCGCGGAUGUUGAUGGGCGAGCGAGGGAAUUGAGGAGACUGAUGGGCAGGAGGAAUUAUUUGGCUUGUGUGGCUUAUGAUCCGGAACUGGUCCAGGGGGCUUUUGCAUCGCCGCAGACUCCUGGGUUUGGGUCGGGCGGAGGAGGAGGCAGGCUAUCUCUGGCGGCGGAUUUCUUGGUGCAGAAUGAGGGGGCGUUUGGACAGCCGAUGAAGUAUGGGCCGGUGAUUAUUCCGAGCUUGGAGUAUGGGCGGUGA